AUGUCGCGUUGGAAAAGACACCGGAAGAAAAUCGUUAUGGAGUCGAGAAAUGAAGAUUUCGAACUGUGGAAGGAUACUGAAAAAGAAGAAAGUAGUUUACGACCAGCAACUAGGAAUACUACAAAUGAAAUGAAGGGACUAUCAGAAAACUCUAUGGAUCGACUCGAUGGAAUGAUGUCGGUUAUUAAUGGAGCACCACCGCCCGUAUCAUUGGGUGUUAUCAAGCGAGAGUUGGAGCUGCUCCGUAACGAGGUUAUUCUUGAAAUGAACUUUUAUUGUCAUUGUUGUGGACGGAAGAAGAAAGGAAAACGAGACGAGUGCGAAGCAUGCCUGAAACCGACAAGCAGACUUUCUGAUACCGUAACAAUGAUUAUAUGUAAUGUUCAAUGGCAAUUAAUGAAUCUUCUAAAAUAUCACGGGAAAGAAAUACUCUACGCGCAUAAGAGGAUUCAUGAAGGACAAGAAACUUUCCACGGUACAGACGUUAGACGUUUCUCCGGCUACCGUUGUGAAAUGGAAACAAGAACGGAAUAUCAGAAGGGAUUGAUCAAUCUGAUUUACACACUUAGCUCCGACGGAGCAAGGUUCAAAAGGCUUUCGAAACGCGAAGCGACUCCUGUUUUAUUGCGAGUGGAAGGUGUGGAUGUCGAAACCAGAACUGGAGGGAAAUGUCUUACUCUCGUUUCAAUGACAUACUCUGAAGGAGGAGUUCAGAAAAACAUGCUGGAUGCCUUUGUUAGGAGCAGCUUGGACAUUUUGAAGGAUAUGGAUUUACGCGUGGAAAUGGAUGGAACUACGAUCACUUUCAGAAUGACUUUAAUGUCAUACAUUUGUGACAUGAAGGAAUCCUACGCAAUCUCUGGACUUCCAAAUUGGUACAUUAUAGAAGGAUGCUCGAAAUGCUCAAUUACCGGAGUAAAAAUUGGGAAUGGAAAAGUAUCGUUCAAUGAGAUGUAUACGUCUCCACAGAGAACAGAUGACUCAAUUUUGUAUAGUGCUGAAAAGGGAAUCCGUGGAUACACAAAACCAGGAGUGCCUGUUGUGUUCCAGUUUAUAAAUCCUUCGAAGUUAACGUUAGAUCCUUUCCAUUUGAGAGGUGCUGGUGUUUGCAAGUUCGACGAACCAGAAUAUCGGUCAGAGUUCGGAAAUUCGAGAUUGUUGAAGAACUAUGCCACCGAAGAGGCUAAAAAGAAGAAAUUCGUCCAAGUUUCGUCUGCUAAAAAAUCGUUCAAAACUAAUACGUUUCGAGCUCAAUUUAAAAAUGCUCUCAAAGAGCUUCGUCUAGGAACAUUCAUAAUUGCCGAUGGAUCUUCACAAGGAUACUUCGCAAGAAGAAAAAGACACAUUGCCAAGAGCAAGGCCCACGAAGCUGGAGAAGAGGAGGAGGAAUCUUAA